AUGAUCUCAGUCGAGGGCGCAAUCACUGUUGUGUUCGGCAUUGUAUGCUUCUUCUUCAUGCCGGAUACCCCCGCCGCAGCAGGAUUCUUGAGUGAUGAAGAGAAGGAGUGGGCAUUGCGACGCAUGAGGCUUGAUGCAGGAGGAUCCACCGAAGUUGAUGUUGACGAUGAGAAGUUUAGUUGGUAUUGGGUCAAAAUGGCACUCAAAGCCCCGCAGACGUACCUUUCUGCCUUCAUCUGGUUUUUCUUGUUGGUGCCGCUUUAUAGCUUUUCGCUGUUCCUUCCUAGUAUCAUCGCCGGCAUGGGCUAUCAAAGCACCACCGCGCAGCUCUUUACGGUACCACCUAACAUGGCUGCUUUCAUCACGGUCAUUGGCACGGCAUACGCCUCCGACAAGUUGAAGAAUCGCGGUUAUUUCAUUAUAGGAGGUUGCGUGAUAGGGAUAUGCGGUUACGUUAUGUUGAUAGUGGCCACGACGAAUGCCGUGCGGUACGCCGGGACGUUCCUGGUCGCGAUCGGUGUCUUCCAGGGUUCGCCCAUGCUUAUGGCCAUUCUGUAA